CUACGCCAUCAACACGCCAAACCAGUACACUCGUUUAACAACAAAAGCGCCAUUAACACGCCAAACCAAUACACUCGUUCAACAACAAAAACCUCUAUCACCACUCAAAACGACCGCAAGCGACCAAGAAUCUUACCUCACUACCUACGUCUGCAUCAGUCGCGAUGCAUUUCCUCAAGGCAAUCUUCUUCUUCGCAGCCGGCAUCCACGCUGUCGCCAUUGCAUCCCCAGAGAAAGACGAUGUCUCUAUUAUGAGCAGUCUGGACAACCUCAACUUCAGGAACGCAGAUGGAGAGAAGCCUUGCUUUCACCCGGGUGUGGAAUUCUGCUAGUCCUGAGUCUACGUCGAGACAAGUUGAAGGAUGGAAUAAGGGCUGGAAGAAGCGGAGGUGGUUGACAGCGGAGUCAAAGUCAAAGGGAGGAGUGAUCAGGGAAGGCGGAGGGGAGAAAGGAGGAUAGUCAUGGUGAAAAGUUUGCCUGAUGGGUCUUGGUUUCUUAUGUCCUGCGCUGAAGAGGUCAUAGCCGAGCUGGUUGGUGGUGGUGGCAUCACAGUGUCACUUGAUGUAACUGAUGAUUCAGAAGAGGGCUAAUCUACAGAAAGCCUAAAGAUGAAGUGUGCACAGUUGCAGCCUUAGGCAUUAUGCACGUGAUAGCUAGCUAUACACACACUCUCCAAGUUACCCCCUUAUCGCGUAUAUACAGCUAAACAAGCAAACUACUAAGGCAAACAAAGGGGUAUUAGGUAUAGAAACAACUAGACUACUUUUAGGCUAAUUAAACAAAUAAACAUAU